AGCCUCGGGGCCUGCGAAGAUGCUGGCUGUCCCGGAGCUGGGCCUGCAGGGGCUGUACAUUGGCUCCAGCCCAGAGCGGUCCCCCAUCCCCAGCCCACCCGGCUCCCCAAGGACCCAGGAAAGCUGUGGCAUUGCCCCCCUCACACCCUCGCAGUCUCCCAAGCCUGAGGCCCGAGCCCCACAGCAAGCCUCCUUCUCUGUGGUGGUGGCCAUCGACUUCGGUACCACUUCCAGUGGCUAUGCCUUCAGCUUUGCCAGCGACCCUGAGGCCAUCCACAUGAUGAGGAAAUGGGAGGGCGGGGACCCCGGCGUGGCACACCAGAAGACCCCCACCUGCCUCCUGCUGACCCCGGAGGGUGCCUUUCACAGCUUCGGCUACACUGCCCGUGAUUACUACCACGAUCUAGACCCCGAGGAGGCUCGGGACUGGCUCUACUUCGAGAAGUUCAAGAUGAAGAUCCACAGCGCCACUGAUCUCACCUUGAAGACCCAGCUGGAGGCGGUAAAUGGAAAGAAAAUGCCUGCCCUGGAGGUGUUCGCCCAUGCCCUGCGCUUCUUCAAGGAGCACGCUCUUCAGGAGCUGAGAGAGCAGUGCCCCUCGCUGCCGGAGAAGGACACUGUGCGCUGGGUGUUGACGGUGCCCGCCAUCUGGAAACAGCCCGCCAAGCAGUUCAUGCGGGAGGCUGCCUACCUGGCGGGCCUGGUGUCCAGAGAGACUGCAGAGCAACUGCUCAUCGCCCUGGAGCCUGAGGCCGCCUCGGUCUACUGCCGCAAGCUGCGUCUGCACCAGCUCCUAGACCUGAGCUGCCGGGCCCCAGGCAGCGGGCGCCUGGGCGAGCGCCGCUCCAUCGACUCCAGCUUCCGACAAGCCCGCGAGCAGCUGCGAAGGUCCCGCCACAGCCGCACGUUCCUGGUGGAGUCGGGGGUCGGAGAGCUGUGGGCAGAGUUGCAAGCAGGAGACCGCUACGUGGUGGCAGACUGUGGAGGAGGCACGGUGGACCUGACGGUGCACCAGCUGGAGCAGCCCCAUGGCACCCUCAAGGAGCUCUACAAGGCGUCGGGUGGCCCCUAUGGCGCGGUGGGCGUGGACCUGGCCUUCGAGCAGCUGCUGGGUCGUAUCUUCGGCGUGGACUUCAUUGCCACCUUCAAAAGGCAACGGCCAGCAGCCUGGGUAGAUCUGACCAUCGCCUUCGAAGCCCGCAAACGCACGGCAGGCCCUCACCGUGCGGGGGCGCUCAACAUCUCACUGCCCUUCUCCUUCAUCGACUUCUACCGCAAGCAGCGAGGCCACAACGUGGAGACGGCCCUGCGCAGGAGCAGCGUGAACUUCGUGAAGUGGUCCUCACAGGGGAUGCUCAGGAUGUCCUGCGAGGCCAUGAACGAGCUCUUCCAGCCCACAGUCAGCGGGAUCAUCCAGCACAUAGAGGCGCUGCUGGCGCGGCCGGAGGUGCAGGGUGUGAAGCUGCUGUUCCUGGUGGGCGGCUUCGCCGAGUCGGCUGUGCUGCAGCACGCGGGGCAGGCGGCGCUGGGCCCCCGUGGCCUGCGCGUGGGCGUGCGCAAGUGUGGCGCGCUCAACCUCGAGCUCGAACCCGCGCCCGCUGACGGCGGCCCCGACGCCGCCGGUGCGCCCCCCGGCCGCCGCGAGAUCCGUGCCGCCAUGCAGUUUGGCGACACCGAAAUUAAGGUCACCGCGGUCGACGUCAGCACCAAUCGCUCGGUGCGAGCCUCCAUUGACUUUCUUUCCAACUGAAGGCGCCGGGGCGCGCUGCCAGCCAGGCUCUGUCCGGCCCCGCCCACUCUCGGUCGGGGCGCAGGGGACCUGCCAGGGCGUACAAACAUCCUAGUUCUGGUAUCAGCGCUCCUUACCCCGCCCUACUGCCCGGCGGGGGGUGGGGGGGGAUGAGGUCGCAGGAGGGUGGGUGGAGAAACAUCCAGAGGCUCUGGCUUUGGGAUUAGGCCCAGACUGAAGGGCCCUGCCAAGGACUGGGGUCAAGGAGGCUUGAUCGGGACACCCACAGGGAACACGUGACUCCGAAAGCAGAAUGCUCCAGAUGACUGGAUCCUGGCCAGAACUGGGGGUGGGGGGUGGAUGCAGUUGGGAGGGAGAGGCCAGGCAAGGCCCAUAGCGGAGGGGCAGCAGGAGGAGGGGGCUUGGCUGGGACUGGGCGCAAUGCACCGAUCGGUGGGCUCAGCCCACACAGGGAGCGGGGCAGAGCAGCCCGGCACCACAGGAAAAUGACUGGAAGCUGACACAAGAGGGACAGGGGUAGUAGGGCCUUCCUGGGGUGGUGCUGACCACCCAGGUAUGACUGUUAAUUGUAGAAAGGGCAGUAGCAGGCUAAUGAGAAGCAUACAGGGUGAAGGCACUUGUGAGGGAAUGUGGGAAGCAUGCUGGGGGUGGGCUUUCCUUUGGGACAGAUGACGGCUCCAAGGGCAACCUGUGAAUGACCCACUUGAACCCUAUCCCAGCCACAAAAUGGGGGAGGGCCGUUAGGAGGACCAAGGGGACACUAAGGCCUGUCUCAGCUCUGCCAGACAACUCAAUGUGCCCUUAUGCCCGCCCAGGACAUGCAACAGCGCUACCUGCGCGAGGUGACAAUAAAGCAUUUAUGCUGGUACCUCACAAGAGGGAACCCCA